AUGCCAUCACGCAAGCCACAAAAUGGUUUCCGACGUGGGGGAAAGCAAGCGUAUAACGGACCUCGGAAAGCCAAAACUUUUGAAAAGUCGUCGGGCAGAAACGAAGGUACAUCUUUAGAAGAAAAGCAAGAAGCCGUCAAACUCGGCAACUCUAUAGAUGAAGCCAUGGGGUUUCCACGGCACGAAUCUGGCAAGAAAAAAGUUGGAUGGCUAGUUAAUAUAAGGCCUACGACUAUUGAGGACGAGAAACAUUCGGAAGGUCGAUCCGGAGUGGAUUGCUACUUUAUUGAGGAUGAUGGAGGAACUUUCAAAGCGACAGUUGAAUACGAACCUUAUUUUCUGGUCGCGGUAAAGAGGGGAUAUGAACCAGAAGCCGAGGAGUGGCUGAAGAGGGCGCCGGGAGGUGGAGUUCUGAAAAGUAUAAAAAGAGUGGAAAAAGAGGAUCUGUCGAUGCCGAAUCAUCUACUGGGUUACAGGAGGAGUUUCUUUGAGUGCAGGUUUAGGAAUGUGUCGGAUCUACUGGCGGCUAGGAAGGAUAUCAUGCCGGUGGCGGAGAAGAACAAGAAGAAUAUGAAUGCAAUGGAUACUUAUGCGGAGGUUGCCAGUGCAAAUGCUGGAUUCGACCUUUUUGACGACUCACGAGAUGAUGAUAAACGACUUAAUGUUUCUGUUGCCGAGGGCAGCGAUUUUAUUGUAGAUAUUAGGGAAUGGGAUGUACCAUACCAUGUACGAGUAAUGAUAGACCAAGACAUACGAACAGGAAAAUGGUAUUCGGUAGAGGCAAAACACGGUACGACGACUCUAAAAUGCUUAGAAGACCGAUUGGCGAGGGCCGAUCCAGUAGUUAUGGCAUACGAUAUCGAAACGACGAAACUACCUCUGAAAUUUCCGGAUGCGACCAUUGAUCAGAUUAUGAUGAUAUCGUACAUGAUAGAUGGGCAAGGAUUUCUGAUCACGAACCGAGAAAUUGUUUCCGAGGAUAUCGAGGACUUCGAGUAUACACCUAAACCCGAAUAUGAUGGACCUUUUAUGAUUUUUAAUGAACCGGACGAAAAAGCUGUAAUCGAACGUUUUUUCCUACAUAUUAAGGAAGCACGACCUACGGUAAUAGCAACAUACAAUGGAGAUUUCUUCGAUUGGCCAUUUGUGGAUGCACGAGCUAGUGUCAAUGGUAUCGAUAUGUAUCGGGAGAUUGGAUGGCGGAGGAGCCAAAGUGAGGAUCAGUACACAUGUGAUUACAGUGUUCACAUGGAUUGUUUCGCCUGGGUCAAUCGUGAUAGUUAUCUGCCUCAAGGAAGUCGAGGUUUGAAAGCUGUGACAACCGCUAAGCUCGGUUAUGACCCGGAUGAAAUCGACCCGGAACUGAUGUUGAGAUAUGCCAGCGAAAAACCUCAAACACUCGCAGAGUACUCUGUCUCUGAUGCAGUAGCAACGUACUAUUUGUACAUGAAAUAUGUACAUCCUUUCAUUUUCUCUCUAUGUACUAUUAUCCCUCUAGGGCCAGAUGCUGUUUUGCGGAAAGGGACAGGAACCUUAUGUGAGAUGUUACUCAUGGUACAGGCUUACCAAAAAGAAAUUGUACUGCCUAAUAAGCAUGUAUCACCAAAAGAAUCGUUUUGGGAAGGCCAUUUGCUAGAGUCAGAGACUUAUGUUGGUGGACAUGUCGAAAGUAUUGAGGCUGGCGUAUUUCGAGCUGACAUACCCGUCAACUUUGCGGUCGAUACCACCGCUAUCGAUGAGCUUCUUGAUGACUUAGAUGCUGCGUUAAAAUUCAGUAUCGAAGUAGAAGAGAAAAAAUCACUUGAUGAUAUCGAUAAUUAUGAGGAAGUUAAACAACAAAUCAAAGAACGCCUAAUUAGCCUCAAGAAAACCGCAAAUCGAAGCGAGAAACCCCUGAUCUACCAUUUAGAUGUCGCUUCGAUGUACCCCAACAUCAUGACGACGAAUCGACUGCAACCCGAUUCUAUGAUACAAGAGUCAGACUGUGCGGCAUGCGACUUCAAUCGACCUGGUAAAACGUGCGAUCGAAGAAUGCCUUGGGCUUGGAGGGGGGAAUAUCUUCCAGCGAAGAGAGACGAAUAUAACAUGAUCAGGCAUUCGCUAGAAAAUGAACGAUUUCCAGGAAGAUAUCCAAAUCAGCCGACCAGGACUUUUCAAGAUCUUUCAUAUGACGAGCAAGCCACCCUGAUACGAAAACGUUUACAAACCUACAGUCAAAAGAUUUAUCACAAGAUUCACGAGCAGACCACCAUCCAGCGGGAAGCGAUUAUCUGUCAAAGAGAGAAUCCUUUCUACAUUGACACAGUCAAGGACUUCAGAGAUCGUCGAUAUGAUUAUAAGGGUAAGCAGAAAGUCUGGAAAGGCAAAACUGAUGCUCUCAAAUCCGCAGGAGCACCAGCUGCGGAGGUCGAAGAUGCGAAGAAGAUGAUUGUGCUGUUCGAUUCUUUACAAUUAGCUCACAAAGUCAUUCUGAACUCCUUCUACGGUUAUGUGAUGAGGAAAGGUUCGCGAUGGUAUUCCAUGGAGAUGGCUGGUGUCACUUGUUUGACCGGAGCUCACAUCAUUCAAAUGGCUCGACAGUUAGUCGAACGAAUUGGACGACCUCUAGAAUUGGAUACAGAUGGUAUUUGGUGUAUGCUUCCAGCAACGUUUCCUGAAAAUUAUGCUUUCAAGAUGAAAAAUGGCAAGAAGCUUGCUAUCUCGUACCCUUGUGUGAUGUUGAAUCAUCUUGUCCACGACAAAUUCACAAAUGACCAAUACCAAACUCUUACCGACUCAAAAACCUUCAAGUACGAGACGCAUAGUGACAACUCCAUUUUCUUCGAAGUCGAUGGUCCAUAUCGUGCUAUGAUUCUGCCUACUUCUAAGGAAGAAGAUAAGAAUUUGAAGAAACGUUACGCCGUGUUCAACGACGACGGUAGUUUGGCGGAAUUAAAGGGAUUCGAGGUGAAGCGAAGAGGAGAGUUGAAACUCAUUAAGAUUUUCCAACAGCAGAUCUUCAAGUUUUUCUUGGAGGGUACAACCCUUGAAGAAACGUACCAGGCAGUGGCGAAAGUCGCGAAUCAAUGGCUUGAUGUACUGGAAUCAAAAGGAAAAACUCUCGCUGAUGUAGAACUCAUCGACCUCAUUUGCGAAAACAGAAGUAUGUCGAAGAGUCUGGAGGAAUACGGCACGCAAAAAUCAACUUCGAUCACCACUGCAAAGCGAUUGGCAGAGUUCUUGGGGGAACAAAUGGUGAAAGAUAAAGGGUUGAAUUGCAAGUACAUCAUUUGCGCGAAACCAAGACAUGCGCCGGUGACGGAACGAGCUAUCCCGGUUGCUAUAUUUUCGUCAGACAUAUCAGUGAAACGACAUUUCUUGCGCAAAUGGCUGAAAGAUGAUCCGGCAGACAUGGAUCCAAGAUCGCUUUUGGAUUGGGACUAUUAUACUGAACGUCUUGGUUCGGUCAUCCAGAAACUUAUUACCAUCCCUGCAGCUCUUCAGAAAUGUUCGAAUCCUGUACCGAGAGUAGCACAUCCAGAUUGGUUGCAAAGAAGAAUUCGAAUCAAGGAUGAUAAGAUGAAGCAAAAGAAAAUGACUGAUAUGUUUACCAAGGCGCCUCUUGAGGAUAUAUCAAACUUGCAAGACCCAAGAAUGGCCGACAUGGAGGAUUUUGGGACACAACUUUUGAAGCCAAAAACCCUGGGUUCACAACUGAAUGCAGCAGCACAGAAGCCGAUGAAGAGAAAAUCUCCUGAACCUGUGGUAGCAGUAUCCAUAAACCCCUUUGCGGCACUUCCUGACAAGAUGCCAUCACCGACCGAAGAUUACGAGGGAUUCUUGGAGUAUCAAAAGCAGAAAUGGAAGAUCCAGAAACAAGCGCGGAUACGACGCCGACAUCUGUUUGGUGAGAACCGUGGCGCCCAAAGCAAUAUUGCGACAACUUUCCAGUAUCAAGCUGAACAGCUGUUUAAGAGCACGUGGCAGGUGUUACAGUUGAGAGGCACUGAAAGUCCGGGUGUCGUCCUUGCGUUCGUCCUUAUCGACUCGAAGGUACAUACAUUGAGAGUGAAGGUGCCGAGAACAGUAUUUCUCAAUUUGAAGGGCAAGGAAUUACCAGACAUUGAGAUUGAUGGUUGUGAAGCGGAGAAGGUUACCCAUACACUGCCGAACGGUCAUCCAUCAGUCCAUCUGUUUAAACUCACAAUGUCUGAAGAUGUCUAUGUAAACGAUGCACAAAAGAUAUCUUUACUUUUCAACCACCCGAGUGUGGAAGGAGUUUACGAAAAGCAAGUCCCACUCAACGUUCGUGCUGUCCUUCAACUAGGUAGCUUGUGUACCUUUGAUGAAAUCCAACCUGGUGUUCUCGGAAAAGGUCUUGAGCAUGGGUUUGAUUUAUCUGGACUCCGUCGAGCCUCGCCAAAGAAUCCAUAUCUAUCACAUUCACCGAUGGCAUAUCUUUACCUCUACCAUGUCAUUGCUGGUGAUAGACAGAUUUUCGCACUUUUCUCGACUUCGAAAGAACAGGCACACGUUGUCAUCCUACAAAAAGCCAAGGUCGCGGAACAGGAACUGCCAAAUAUUGCGAAAACUUAUGCGGAUUGCUUUGCCAAGCGCCAUCAAGAUGCUAAUGGAGAAGUGUGGCAGAAAUGUUUCGACUAUCAGGAGAAGGUUCAAUUCAAAAUCAGCCAAGUUACGACAAGAAGAAAAGCAUUACUCGAAGUUGGUGAUCUGGUCAAGAAAAUGAAGAACGAUGAAUCAAAGCCGCUCAUGCUUGUCGUCCAAUCUCCACAAAGAAGAUUGCUCGUACACGACAUACCUAUACUUGGAGACUUGCCAAUACUUCCCUUAAAGUCUGACAUCCAAGAUAGUAAACUUCCUCCUUUAAACUGGCAAUCUGUCAUUGCGAAGCGUUUGGUGAAUCAUUAUCUAAGUCUUGGGGAAUGGGUUAUUCAUUUAACUGAGCUCGCGAGGUAUGGCGAUGUGCCACUUUGCAACCUGGAGAGGGAUGAUCCUCGAUUCCUGAUCGAUGUGGCCUAUGCCAGAAGACUGCAAAAGAGCAAUGUUGUUUUGUGGUGGUCUGCUGGUCCGAAGCCAGAUCAUGCUGGGUAUGAACUGGAUGAUGUGCUUGGGGGUCUUGAUACUGUGCAAAUGCCAUCGGUCAAUAAUCCUGGUACUUAUCCAUCGGUUUGUAUUGAGCUUGAUGUCAGAAAUUUGGCUAUCAAUACCAUUUUGACUUCCUCUUUGAUCAACGAACUAGAGGGAAGCGACUCGAUAUCUUUCAAUCCUGCAGCGCCAUCAGAUGAUGCUCCUAGCGAUGGUACCAAUGUGCUCUACGCUGAGAAUGCUUUCGCUACUGCCGGUGUUACAGUCCUACGAGAGAUGGUCAAAGCGUGGUGGACUGAAGCUUGCAAGGGUAGCAGCAUGGCAGAUAUCAUGGUCCAGCAUCUUGUACGAUGGGUUGAAAAUCCGGACUCGUUCCUGUACGAUCGAUCAUUGCAUUACUAUGUACAAAUGAUGUCUCGAAAAGCAUUUCAACAACUCAUGACGGAUUUCAGACGUGUCGGAUCUCAUGUUGUUUUCGCAAACUCAAAUCGACUUUUGUUACAAACGACUAAAGCUGAAGUCGGAAAUGCAUAUGCAUACAGUCAAUACAUCCUCAAGUCAAUCAAAGCCAAACCACUCUUUCAUUUCUUAGACCUCGAAAUCAAGGAGUAUUGGGACUACCUAGUCUGGUACGACGAGUUCAAUUAUGGCGGUAAAGGCUGCUCAGAAGUCGUUGAAGCCGAAAACCAAUCGCUGGAUAAUAUCAUGCAUUGGCAACUAAGCAAUUUUCUCCCCGACAAACUUCAACAGAUCUUCAACGACUGGGUUCUAGAAUUUAUCGACAUAAUGCACGGUCUCAAGAAGCCACGCCUCGGUAUCGAUUCAACACCUCGAGCCACUCAACUCCCCGUUCGAAAUCUGGGAGACGACAAGGAAGAUAAGAUCAUUCUUGGCAAAAGUUUCGAGAAACCUCUGAAGAAACAAAUCGCUGGUAUCAUUCGCAGACAAAAAGACGAAAUGCUCCAUCCCGAACUCGCAGAAGAUUACAAAUUUCCCGUUCUCCCUGGCUCGCAUCUCAAACCUACGAAUCCAGCGCUAGAACUUGUCAAGAGUCUCAUGCAAGUGCUUUCUCUCGAUAAAAACAUCACACUCGAGGCACGAUUAUUGCGAAAAGAACUCUUGGAAAUGUUUGAAAUACGCGAAUUUUCCAACCAUGCUAAAUUUCAAAAUCCGUCCACCUCGGCCAGACUCUCCAGCGUCGUCUGCGACUCCUGCACUACAUCGCGCGACAUGGAUUUUUGUCGCGAUGAAGAUUUACUACCGAAUGGUGAGGGCAGCUGGAGUUGGAAAUGUCUGUUCUGUAAUCAGGAGUUUGAACAUUUGGGGAUUGAGGAGAGGAUUAUUGGGGAGGUCAUGGGGGCGGUGGGGGAAUGGACCGGCCAGGAUUUAAAGUGUAAGAGGUGUGCGGGUCUAAAGGUUAAUGAUUUGAGGGCGGGGUGUGGGUGUGGAGGGGAGUGGGGGGAGAGUGUGGAGAGAGAGGGAGUGAGGAGGAGAGUGGAGGGGUGGGGGAGGGUGGCGAGUGCUUAUGGGUUGAGGAUGCUGGGGGCGGUUGUGGAGGAGGUUUUGGGGGGUUUGUAG